UUAAGCCUCUCAGAGAAACAUUAACGAGGCUUAGAUCCUUCCAUAUCAGAUGGGUUUCCUGGAGACCUAAAGGAUGCUGUCCCCCAAAUUCUGCAGCUUCACACACAUCACCUCACUGACUCUGCUGGCCUUCACAAUUCCAGGGUCCUUUCCCACUGAUUCUAGUGCUACCUCCUGAUGAAAUCAGGAGAUAUGCGGGAGAGGAUAUGUGGAACAGGAUGCUACCUAUCAAAGCUAUUAUGAUUCGCCUGAACUUAUGGGCAUGUCUUUCAUGUGAGGACGGGCAUACCCAAACUCUGAAGACCCUCCAUGAACAUCCAGCUUUGUCUGGUCAGUUCAGAAAUGGCCAUAUCCAUGAUGCUUGAAUGCAACCUUGACUCCACUGUCAUGAAAUUUUAAGGGCCAAGACUUGAGUACAUGUGAUAAUAACAGGUAGUAUUUAUUUAGCAUUUACUAUAUGGUACACUCAGUGUUUACUGUGUUGCAAGAAUUAGCUCCUUCCAUCCUCACAUCAACCAUAAGAGAAACUUUCUAAUCCUAUUACUCACAUUUUUUGAUUGAGGCUGUGUGAUGAAGAAGAGCAGAGGGAGGCUAUGAGCCCAGGUGUCUUGGCUGAAGAAGUUGCUGUGGGCUGGUAGGGAGCCAAUGCCCAGAGGAAUAAAUGACAGAGAGGAACCCAGCACCGGGGCAAUGGGUUACUCUCUCCAGAGUAACUCAGUCUGCAGUGUUCCCUCUUUCCUAUCUAUAUUCAUGUCCUAGGGUUGCCAUAGUAACGUAGUACCACACACAGUUAUGACUUACAUGUCAGAAAUUUGUUGUCUCACAAUCUGGAGAUUCAAAAAUUCCAAAUCAAGGUGUUGUGCAGAGUCAGUUUCUUUAUAUUCCAGUGAAGAAAGAUAUGUUUUGUGCCUUUCUCCUUCCUUCUAUCAUCCUGGCACUUUUCCUUGAGUUUGUAACUGAUCUUCACUUGUGUCCACAUUUGUAUUUUUCUAAGGACAUUGGUCAUAUGACCUUAAAGCCUAUUGGAAUGACUUGGUCUUGGCUAUUUGCAAAGGCCCUACAUUCAAUAAGGAAACAAAGCUGAGUGGGGAAGUGGGCAGCCCUGACGUGAUGUGCUCCACGGGCAAAGACAUUCCAUUCCCGGAGAGUUCUGUUUGACGGAUUAGGGAAGCCAUCAUCGGGGAAGACUGCUAAUUCGGUUGGCUGAAGGGGUGACAGCUGUGUUCUCCUGUGCCUACCACACAACCAAAAAUGAAGGAGAACUACUGUUUACAAGCAGCUCUGGUGUGCCUGAGCAUGCUGUGCCACAGCCAGGCAUUUGCUCUGGAGCGACGAAGCCACCUGAGGCCCUCAUUCCAUGGACACCAUGAAAAGGGGAAGGAAGGGCAGGUGCUACAGCGCUCCAAGAGAGGAUGGGUGUGGAACCAGUUCUUUGUGAUAGAAGAGUACACUGGGCCUGACCCUGUGCUCGUGGGCAGGCUUCACUCUGAUAUUGACUCUGGUGAUGGGAACAUUAAAUACAUUCUCUCAGGGGAAGGAGCUGGAACCAUUUUUGUGAUUGAUGACAAAUCAGGGAAUAUUCAUGCUACGAAGACAUUGGACCGUGAGGAGAGGGCCCAGUACACGCUGAUGGCUCAGGCGGUGGACAGGGACACCAACCGGCCAUUGGAGCCCCCAUCAGAAUUCAUCGUCAAAGUCCAGGACAUCAAUGACAACCCUCCGGAGUUUCUGCACGAGACCUACCACGCCAACGUGCCGGAGAGGUCCAAUGUGGGAACGUCUGUAAUCCAGGUGACAGCUUCCGACGCGGAUGACCCCACCUAUGGAAACAGUGCAAAGCUAGUGUACAGCAUCCUGGAAGGUCAACCCUACUUCUCUGUGGAGGCGCAGACAGGUAUCAUCAGAACAGCCCUUCCCAAUAUGGACAGGGAAGCCAAGGAAGAGUACCACGUGGUGAUUCAGGCCAAGGACAUGGGCGGGCACAUGGGAGGACUCUCAGGGACAACCAAAGUGACGAUCACACUCACUGAUGUCAAUGACAAUCCACCAAAGUUUCCACAGAGUGUGUACCAGAUGUCUGUGUCAGAGGCAGCUGUCCCCGGAGAGGAAGUAGGAAGAGUAAAAGCUAAAGACCCAGACAUUGGAGAAAAUGGUUUAGUCACUUACAAUAUUGUGGAUGGAGAUGGCAUGGAGUUGUUUGAAAUCACGACGGACUACGAGACACAGGAGGGAGUGGUGAAGCUCAAAAAGCCUGUAGAUUUUGAAACCAAAAGAGCAUAUAGCUUGAAGGUAGAGGCAGCCAACGUGCACAUCGACCCGAAGUUCAUCAGCAACGGGCCUUUCAAAGACACUGUGACUGUCAAGAUUGCAGUAGAAGAUGCUGACGAGCCCCCCAUGUUCUUGGCUCCGAGUUACAUCCACGAAGUCCAAGAAAAUGCAGCCGCUGGCACUGUGGUUGGGAGAGUUCAUGCCAAAGAUGCGGAUGCUGCCAACAGCCCAAUAAGGUAUUCAAUUGAUCGUCAUACUGACCUCGACAGGUUUUUCACUAUUAAUCCAGAGGAUGGUUUUAUUAAAACUACAAAGCCUCUAGAUAGAGAAGAAACACCCUGGCUAAACAUCUCAGUCUUUGCAGCAGAAAUCCACAACAGACACCAGGAAGCCAAAGUUCCAGUGGCCAUCCGGGUCCUGGAUGUCAAUGAUAAUGCUCCCAAGUUUGCUGCCCCGUAUGAAGGCUUCAUCUGUGAGAGUGACCAAACCAAGCCACUUUCCAACCAGCCAAUUGUUAUAAUUAGUGCCGAUGACAAGGAUGACACAGCCAAUGGACCAAGAUUUAUCUUCAGUCUACCCCCUGAAAUCAUUCACAAUCCAAAUUUCACAGUCAGAGACAACCGAGAUAACACGGCAGGGGUGUACGCCCGGCGGGGAGGGUUCAGCCGGCAGAAGCAGGAUCUGUACCUCCUGCCCAUCGUGAUCAGCGAUGGUGGCAUUCCCCCCAUGAGCAGCACCAACACCCUCACCAUCAAAGUCUGCGGGUGCGAUGUGAACGGGGCUCUGCUCUCCUGUAACGCCGAGGCCUACAUUCUGAACGCUGGCCUGAGCACAGGGGCGCUCAUCGCCAUCCUCGCCUGCAUUGUCAUUCUCCUGGUCAUUGUCGUAUUGUUUGUGACCUUGAGGAGACAGAAGAAAGAGCCACUCAUUGUUUUUGAGGAGGAGGAUGUCCGAGAGAAUAUCAUCACCUAUGAUGAUGAAGGGGGCGGGGAGGAAGACACUGAGGCCUUUGAUAUCGCCACCCUCCAGAAUCCAGAUGGGAUCAAUGGAUUUAUCCCUCGAAAAGACAUCAAGCCUGAGUAUCAGUACAUGCCUAGACCUGGGCUGCGGCCAGCGCCAAACAGUGUAGAUGUGGAUGAUUUCAUCAACACAAGGAUACAGGAGGCUGAUAAUGACCCCACGGCUCCUCCUUACGACUCCAUCCAAAUCUAUGGCUACGAGGGCCGGGGAUCGGUGGCUGGGUCCCUCAGCUCCUUAGAGUCUGCCACAACAGACUCAGACUUGGAUUAUGACUAUCUACAGAACUGGGGACCUCGUUUUAAGAAACUAGCAGACUUGUACGGCUCCAAAGACACUUUUGAUGAUGAUUCUUAACAAUAACGAUACAAAUUUGGCCUUAAGAACUGUGUCUGGCAUUCUCAAGAAUCUAGAAGAUGUGUAAACAGGUAUUUUUUUAAAUCAAGGAAAGGCUCAUUUAAAACAAGCGAAGUUUUACAGAGAGGAUAGCGUUUAAUAAAACUGCAAAGGACAUCAAAGUGGUAAAUACUGUGAAAUACUUUUUCCCACAACAAAAAGAAAAAGGCAAAUAUUGAAGUUGUUUAUCAACUUCCCUAGAGAAAAACCACUUGGCAUACAAAAUAUUUAAGUGAAGAAGUCUAACAGUGAACUUACAAGGAAGGGAAAUUGUUUAUGUGUUCUGAGCAUCUAAGUCUUUCUUCUUUUAUUUUUUAAUUUGUCAAAGAAGCUUCCACAAAAUUAGAAAGGACAACAGUUCUGAGCUGUAAUUUCGCCUUAAACUAUGGACACUCUUUAUGUAGUGCAUUUUUAAACUUGAAAUAUAUAAUAUUCAGCCAGCUUAAACCCAUACAAUGUAUGUACAAAACAAUGUACAAUUAUGUCUCUUGAGCAUCAAACUUGUUACUGCUGAUUCUUGUAAAUCUUUUUGCUUCUCCUUUCAUUUUAAACUAAUACGUGCCAGAUAUAACUGUCUUGUUUCCGUGAGGAGCGCCCUAUUUCUAUGUCAUUUUUAAUGUAUCUAUUUGUACAAUUUUAAAGUUCUUAUUUUAGUAUACAUACAAAUAUCAGUAUUCUGACAUGUAAGAAAAAUGUUACAGCAUCACACUUAUAUUUUAUGAACAUUGUACUGUUGCUUUAAUAUGAGCUUCAAUAUAAGAAGCAACCUUUGAAAUAAAAAAUGAUUCUUUUUUA